AAAGCCUCUUGGGACAUUUUAAUCAACAUAUUAUCUGGAUCUUAUCUGAAGAUUUUACCAUAAAUAAGAGACGUGUACUAAAGACGAACUAUUCAUUUUAAACGGACUAUCACGGGAUUUAGCAAAAUGAAGCUGUACUUCAUUUUGCCUUUAUUGUUCCUCUUAGGACAAGUUCAAUGUCAGGAAAGAGAAUUAGAAUGGUGGGAGACGACAGUUUUUUAUCAAAUCUAUCCGAGGUCGUUUAAGGAUAGCGAUGGCGAUGGAAUUGGUGAUUUGAACGGAAUUACUGAAAACUUGGAAUAUUUGAAAGAACUUGGUGUUGGCGCAACAUGGCUCUCGCCGAUUUUUAAGUCACCUAUGUACGAUUUUGGAUAUGAUAUAUCUGACUUCUAUGAUAUUCAGGAUGAGUAUGGUACUAUAGAAGAUUUUGAGAGACUUCUAGCCAAAGCAAACGAAUUAGAUAUUAAAAUAGUGUUAGAUUUUGUUCCAAACCACGGAAGCAACGAAAGUGUAUGGUUCGAAGAAGCACUAAGAGGUCAUGAAAAAUAUUUAGAUUAUUUUGUAUGGGAAGAUGGCGUGGUAGAUGAAAAUGGAGUAUUACAACCUCCAAAUAAUUGGAUCAGUGUCUUCCGCAAGAGUGCUUGGGAGUAUAGAGAAGAAGUAGGCAAAUAUUAUUUGCAUCAAUUCGUGAUUGGUCAACCUGAUCUCAACUACCGUAAUCCUGAAGUGGUUAAUGAAAUGAAAAAUGUCAUACGUUUUUGGUUAGAAAAAGGUGUUGCAGGCUUUAGAGUAGACGCUAUUACUCAUUUGUUUGAAGUAGAUAAAGAAUUAUACGGUGGGAAAUAUCCAGAUGAGCCACUGUCUGGAGACUUAAAUGCUGAUCCAUUGAGUUACAAUUACUUAAGACAUAUUUACACAUCUGAUCAAGACGAGACAUUUGACAUGGUGUAUCAAUGGAGAGAAGUACUUGAUGAAUUCAAAGAAAGAGAUGGCUUCAGCAGAGUUAUGAUGACGGAAGCUUAUUCUAGCCCUCAAGUGACCAUGAGAUAUUUUGGUGAUGGCGAACGUGAAGGUGCUCAAAUGCCAUUUAACUUUGUACUCAUAUCUGAUGUUAAUGGUGACUCGACAGCUGAAGAAAUCAAAUAUGCUCUAGAUAAAUUUUUAACCUUCAAGCCUAUCAACAAACUUGCAAACUGGGUAGCCGGUAAUCAUGACAACAAUAGAGUUGCAUCAAGAUUUAGCCCAGAGUUGGUUGAUGGUAUCAACAUGAUUGUACUUUUACUUCCUGGAAUAGCAGUUACAUACAUGGGUGAAGAAAUUGGUAUGGUUGAUGGAUUUGUGAGCUGGGAAGAUACUGUAGAUCCCAGUGGAUGUAAUACAGAUGACCCAAUAAAUUACUGGACUGCAUCUAGAGACCCAGAAAGAACACCUUUCCAGUGGAACUCCGAUAAAAAUGCAGGAUUUUCUACAGCAGAUAAGACUUGGCUUCCUGUUGCUGAUGGUUAUGAAACUUUAAACGUGGAAGUACAAAAGGGCGUAGAGAGAUCACAUCUUAACGUGUAUAAAACCCUUGUACUUUUGCGCGCAGAAUCUACUUUCAGAUACGGCAGAUACGAAUCUGUUGCUCUGAAUUCUGAUAUUUUUGCUUUUAGAAGAUGGCACAACGGCGUCAACUAUGUAAUAAUAAUUAAUCUCAGAAAUAAAUCAUAUAAUGUGGAUUUAACAUAUUUCGAAAACGUUGUUGGAAAUCUAGAAGUCGUUGUCAGCAGUAUACAAUCGCCGAAAACUGCUGGACAAGUAUUGGAGGCAGGCGCUGUUGAUAUAACUGGAUACGAAUCGUUGGUAUUAAGAGUCGUUUAAAUUUUUCACGAUUAUAUUAUAUAAUAAAUAAGGCAUGGCAAGAGA